AUGAAGCCUCAAGACAUUUUUAACCUGAUUAUCAAGGUGGGGCCAUAUAUAAAGAAGGUGCUGAAAGAACUUAGUUCAUAUGAAAGUAGAGUUCGAGAACUAGCCAAAGAUGUUAGUAAGCUACAGAGAAAGCAAAAAAGAGUGCAAAGUAAAGCUAGAGAGGAAGAAAGAAGACAUGGGAGAACUAUUGACGAUGAAGUCGUUCAAUGGUUAAAAGGUGUGGAUCAGAUCAUUUGUUUGUAUGGGAAUUUCUUGAAAGAUGAAGAAAGUCAAUAUGCUGUGUUUUCCAAUGGUUACCUUCCAAAGCCGGCGAUAAGGUAUCGUCUAAGCGUAAUGGUAAUUUAUAUUACAAAGAGGGUCAAGGGACUACUGGAUACCAAUCUUGAUAACUUUUCUUAUUUGUCGGGUCCACCUUCCUUUGAUGCUGAUUUUGACAACAUUAGGUAUGAAAUGUAUGAGUCGAGAAAUCAAACUAGGGCUGAAAUUAUGGCUGCAUUGGCAGACUCGAAUGUUGGACUGAUUGGAGUUUAUGGGUUGAGUGGUGUGGGGAAGACUAGUUUGAUCAAAGAAGUUGCCAUGGAAGUAAAAGUCAACAUGUUUGAUGAGGUGAUUAUGGUGAAUGUAACAAGUCGUCCCGACAUACGCAGUAUUCAAGGACAAAUUGCUGACAACUUGGGGGUUGAGUUGAAAGAAGAGAGUGAGAGUGGAAGAGCAGCUCGCCUUAGGGAGAUAUUGAAGAACCCCAAGGAUAAAACCCUUUUAAUCCUAGAUAAUAUGGUGGUGAAACUAGACUUGAACAUGUUGGGAAUUCCAUCCGCGAACAUUGCGAGUAGCCAGACGAAUCACAAAACUUUGAUGAUUUCCAGCAGCGAACAACUCUUGUUAAGGCAGACGGAUGGGAGACGAAUUCGAAAAAUUCGUGUAGAAGCAUUAACAGAAGAGGAAGCAGAGAGUAUGUUCAAGACCAUGGCUGAAAUGGGUGAAGAUUCUACCUUCAAAUCAUUAGCAGCUCAAAUUGCCAAAAAGUGUAGAGGGUUGCCCAUGACGAUAGUAACUACUGCAACUGCAUUAAAAGGCAAGAGCCUUCCGAUAUGGAAGGAUGCAUAUCGAAGGCUUGAAAGCCAAAACUUAACAGCAAGGCCUGAGUUUUCCACAAAGCUGAGUUAUGAACUUCUAGAAGAUAAGGAGCUCAAGCACACUUUCUUAAUUUGUGCUCGUAUGAAUCAUGAUGCAUUAAUUACUGACUUGGUGAGAUACUGCAUUGCUUUGGGUUUAUUUCAAGGAAUUUACACAGUAAGGGAAGCUACAGAUAGAGUACAUGCGUUGGUUGCAAAGUUGAAAGAUUUAAGUUUGUUGUCAGAUAGUUUUUCAAGGGAUCGUUUCACCAUGCAAGAUGUUGUCCGUGAUGCAGCUUUGUCAAUAGCUUCCCAGCAGAUGAAUGCCUUUGCAUUGACAAAGGGUAAACUAGAUGAAUGGCCUGACAUAGACAAGCUUAAAAGGUAUACUGCUAUUUCCUUUGAUCAUUGUGAUUUGACUGACCUCAUGAAGGAGUUUUCUAAACCCAUAAACUGUCCUAGACUUAGAGUUUUCCAUCUUGACAAUAAGGAUCCACUUCUGCAUAUACCAGAUAACUUUUUUAACGCAAUGAAAGAACUCCGAUUGUUGACAUUGAUUGGCCUUCAUCUAUCAUCCUUAUCAUCAAUUAAAUGCUUAAAAAAACUCAGAAUGCUUUGUUUGGAGCGAUGCAAGUUAGGCGAUUUAUCUGCAAUUGGAGAGUUGGAGAAAUUAAGAGUUCUUAGUUUAUCAGGAUCUGAUUAUGAUAAAUUGCCUGCUGAAUUUAGCCAGUUAACUAAGCUACAAAUUUUGGACAUGAGUGAUAGUUUUAAACUUGAAAAUAUUCCCGCUGGUGUAUUGUCUAGUCUGACUAGUUUGGAAGAGUUGUAUGCGGGAAGCAGCCAUAUAUGGAAAGGACAGGGAAACGCUAAUCUUUCUGAGCUUAGACAACUGAAUCAAUUAACAACACUAGAUAUACAGAUCCCAAAAAUUACCCAUUUUCCAGAGAAUUUGUUCUUUGACAGGUUGGAUAGUUACAAGAUCGUCGUUAGAGAGUUCAACGAAUAUCCAGAGUGGGAUUUCAAGGUGCUAGAGAUGUGUGAAGCAUCAAGAUAUUUAGCACUUCAACCAGAAAACGGCUUCGACAUUCAUCACUGGAAGGGUAUCAAAAUACUGUUUGAAAGAGUUGAAAAUUUGUUGCUGGGACAGCUCAAUGACGUUGAUGAUAUUUUCUCUGAAUUGAAUUAUGAAGGAUUUCCCUAUCUAAAAUAUUUGUCCAUUGCAAGUAACUCGAAAGUUCAGUCCAUCAUCAAUUCAAAGAACCAAAACCUUCCUGAGAAAGCAUUUCCCGAAUUAGAGUCAUUAUUUCUCUAUGAAGUCAACAACAUGCAGCAUAUUUUCCAGAGUAAAUUUACACCUGAUUCCUUCUGCAAUCUGAAAAUCAUUAAGAUCAAGAGGUGUGGUCAAUUAAAGAAUGUCUUCUUCUCUUCUAUGAUACAACAUCUCUCUGCGCUUGAAACAAUGGAAGUAUCUGACUGUAAGUCAUUGAAGGAGAUUGUUACCAUGAAAAGGGAUAGCAAUAGAUCUACAGAUGAUAUCAAGUUUCCUGGAUUGCGCUCUUUGACACUACAAUAUUUGUCUGAAUUAAAUGGAUUCUACACCGAUGAUGCAUCAACAGGAAAGCAAGCUCUAAAUACAAAGCCCGGUGAACUCUUUGAUGAAAAGUUGGAUGUGAAUGAUUGCAUGAAUUUGCGAUACCUACUGUCCCUUUCGAUGGCCAAAAUUCUGAUGAAUCUUCAAAGCCUUUACGUAAGUCAAUGUGGGAUGAUGGAGAGCAUAUUCAAAAUGGAAGUUAGUUUGACCGAUAUAGAGAAAGCCUUCUACAAAAUCCUACAUGUGAUAUAUGCAAGUAUUUCAUGUCCUACACUUUUAUGUGGAAAUUCUAUAACAGUGUAUGACCUUCAAGUACCAUGGUCAUAG